GGUACCAUGUUCAUUGCUAGGCAGACAUUCGAGUAGAUCACAUCACGGGCAGGAGCGAUUCUUUGGAAGUGUGUGCAGGAUUUUAUUACGAGUCCGUGUCUAAACGAUCGUAACGGUGUGUGUGUGUCCUUGUGUUGGAUGUGGAUUGUGGCGUUAGAAAUUAAUGAAACUCAAACUUAAACGGAAAUUAAGGCGGUAUGUGCUAUUGAUUGUUGAAAUAAAGUGAUCUAGUGUUUUGUGACUGUGCAGAAUAAAAAAUGUGCUCAAAGUGACAAAGUAACUCAAGAAACAGAAAUUAAGCUCAAACUCUUAUAAAAGACUCAGCUUCGAAAGCAGUUAACAGCGAACAGUGAAAAUAUAAAAGAAAAAAAAACAGUGAUAACAAAACGAACCAAAAGUGUAGUAAAGCCACAUUUGCACAAAUCAUUGACUCAAUGUUGAAAAUGAUGUCAGGAGCCGUGCACGCCGAACGGGUCAUUCGCGCACCGCCCCAGAGCAGCGCGAUUACGAAACCGCGUGCCGUCUACAGCAUAGAUCAGAUACUGGGGAACCACCACCAUACGCGAAGGACUAGCGGCCCCAACAACAAUAACAACAGUCUUACGAUUAAUAACAAUAACAACAGCAGCCCCGAUCAUGAAAAUUCGCUCAAACGAGAAGGCUCCCCGGUGGAGGUGCACGAUAAUGGCGUCGAUGUGGACAACGAUGACGAGCUGCCGAUCAUGGGUGAUAUCGAUCCGAUGGAUAACGAUCCGAACGAUAUGGGCCGUCCGAGAAAGAUUCGAAGAUCUCGGACAACGUUUACCACCUACCAGCUGCACCAGUUGGAGCGGGCGUUCGAAAAGACGCAAUAUCCGGAUGUGUUCACCAGGGAGGAGCUGGCGAUGCGGUUAGACCUUAGCGAAGCUCGUGUACAGGUUUGGUUCCAGAAUCGUCGUGCAAAGUGGCGCAAACGAGAGAAAGCCAUGGGACGGGACACAUCUGCCUUCCUCCAUCACGAACAAGGAAUGCCUGAAUUUCCACUAGCGCUACCGCUAACGCACAACAUACCACAUCCAGCGCUUCCGACCGAGUUUUGGCCACCGAACUUUGGACUGCAUCCUUCGCUGCUGCCCGGCGCGCACGGGCUGCUUCAUCCGAACGUAAUGCCCAACUACAAGAUCCCGAACUUCCACGCCAUCCUGUCGCAGUACAUGGGGCUGAACAAUCUGUUCGGUGGCUAUCCGCAGAAUCUCAGCAUCAACACACGCAUCAGCCCGCAGAACAGCCCGAAGCAGAGUCCGACCAGCGUGCAGCCGACGAUGGUUGGUGGACCGGUCGGCAUUAACAACACAAGCAACAGCAGCACGCACAGUGGCGCAAGCAUUCUUAGCAGCAGUAACAGUAGCAGUAGUAGUAGCAGCAGCAGCUCCAGCAGCAGCGGUAGCAACUCCAACAUUAGCGUUGGGAGUAACACCAGCAAAGAGUGUAUCGUUGAGAAGUAAGCUGGCGCAAUAGCACCGAUGCAAUAUGUUAACGGGGGUAUAGAGGAAAGAUUAAAAUCUGACGAUAAUAGAUUACGUAGAGCAAGCUGUUGGGUUUGCUCAUUUCCUUAAAUGGCUCCCACGAUUAGGUGGGCUGUAAAUAGUCUAGAAAAGGAUGGAGCAACAAGUGCUGCAUCGUACGUAUACGUGAUUUAAGCGAGGGAUGUGUUUUUUUUUUUUGUUUAUUUGUUUUAUUGUAAUGUUUAACCAGUAAGAGAAUUCAUUCCACAAAACCAAGGCAGAUUAGAUAAGGGAAGAAGUGUAGCGCCAAUAUACCAACAUACCAAGAAUAAUCGAACAAACACAUUGAAGGAAGCGACCCGUGUACAUAAAGACAACUAUAUGCAUAUAUUAUUUAAAGGCAACUCAAACUGUUUCGGAAGAAUGAUAAUGUUAGACCUCGUCCAUGAUAAGAGCAAACACACACA